UCGUCUCGCCGGCCGUAGCGGGCGUUCGCCGCAAAUGCUAGCGCGUCAUCCCUCGCGAUUGCUUCCUAGUCCUCACAACUUUUCUACAUUGCGCCAAACUAUCUAUUUCACGUCGCAUCACACUGCGUAAUCGCAUCUGACUCGCCAAACAAACCUCCGCCUUCAGUCAACUCUGGGUACUCAACACCCAUCAUGUCUGAACCCAUCCCCGAGUCGAUACCCACAUCCGCCGACUCGCGCUCUCAUCGCCCGACAAAGAAGCGCGCCCUCACUCCACGCUCAGCACAAGCCUCACAGGUCGAGGCCCUCUUCGCAAAACCCGACCGCGACAUCCACAUCCCAGGCUCCAGCGCGCUAGCCAAAUCCUCUCUGCCCCCAGAAAUUGUUGCCAAUGUACAAGGAUCUAGCGCAGGUGCUGGAAGUGGCGAGUUUCACGUCUACAAGGCGAGUCGGAGACGCGAAUACGAGAGGCUGAGGAUGAUGGAUGACGAAGUGAAAAAGGAGGAGGAUGAAAAGGAGUUUGCAAAGCGGAAAGAAGAACUAGAGAAGAAGGACAAAGAAAAGACUGAGAAGAACCGACUGAAGAGGGAGAAGGCGCGACAAAGGAAAGAGAAGGCUAAGAAGGGCGGAAAGGGCGGCGAAAGGGAUGGCACGCCGACCGCAGAGGACAGUAAGACGAAGAAGAAGUUGGCGCCAAAUGCGAACGCACCAAAGACUGGUGCAGAAGAGGACGCGGAUACAAACAACCAAGGUGGAGAGGUCAAGAAUGCCGAAGAGAUUGGCUUGGUCAUCGAAGACGACGAUUGAGAGACAUAGGCGCAUAAUCAUAAAGUGGUUGCCUAGGGGGGAAGAAUAGUAAUUUCAAUCCAGCAAAGCUUCGUCAAGAGCUGAUGGAGAUACCCGUCACGUAUCUGGACCAGAAGGUGCGGUGACAUGUUUUACUCAAGAAAUUCAGUGCUGACCUUAGGUUCGAAAAGAGUCCUUACAGUUAU